GCACUGAUGGUGACACAGAUGGUUGGGGCGAGAUACAUAAGAAAGUAGUCAAAGCGGCUUAUGAAGUAAUUGCCGGCAAAGGCUAUACUAAUUGGGCUAUUGGACUCUCGGCAGCGUCUGUGGUUUCUAUGAUAUUGGAUAACAAAAACGAAGUGGCCACAAUUGGCACGUUGGCUAAAGGCCAUCAAGGCAUCGAACAAGAUAUAUUUCUUUCAUUGCCGGCUGUGGUUGGUGCCAACGGUGUAACAUCGCUAAUAAACCUACAGUUGAGCGAAACGGAGCAAGACAAUUUGUGCAAAUCUGCUGAAACUUUGGACAAAGCGACAAGAUCUAUUGAAGUGAAAACUCCGGAGAAGAAGAAGAAAAAAUAA